AGGACAUAAAGUCUGAGCUUAUUAAAUAUUCAUCAUUCCAUCCCAUGAAUUGUUUAGAGGGUGUUCCUGUUAUUGAUGAAUUUAAACAAGAUGAAGAUAAAACCAUUGAUGACACAUUUCCUGCUGAUUGGAAUGAAACUAGAGCUGAAUCAGUUUGUAAAGACUAUAUAGAAAAAUCUAAACUGGCUGAAGUCUGUGGUAAUGUUACAACUAACUAUGAAGCAGAUGAUUUGAUAUACUGUAUUGAUAAUGUCAAGUAUAGUGGUGGUACAGGUAGAUGGAAUACUGUAUUAUUUGAUGCCAUGUAUGUACGAUGUUUCUCACAGUUAUAUUAUAAUCUUACUCGUUGGCCUGCCAGUACACCUCCGUUAGAUAUUGUCAGUAAAUUAUGUCCUGAUACAUGUAAUGGCAAUGGUGAUUGUAUCAAUGGUUUUUGUAUUUGUAAUCCUGGAUAUAUAGGAGAAGAUUGUUCUAUAAAUAGCACUAUAGUGCCAACUAUUACUAGAUUACAAUAUGAUGGUGUAUGUAAUAACAGAAUAUAUUCAUGUGAUUCGGUAGCAGUAGAAGAGUAA